AUGUCCGACUUCUAUCAGGAGAGGCAGCAUGGAGUGAGAUCUUCUGUGGGUCCAAACGCUACAAUAAAGCAGACAUUUCCUCUGAAAAUACCUCCCAAUGAACACAUGCAUUGCAUCUGCAAUUAUUUAUCAGAUGGCUCUGUCCAACUGAAACUAACAGAUCCGAUUCGCCACAGUCAAGAUGGUGAUGAUCAGGCCACUCAGUCUUCUUCUUUGGAUGGAGCUCCAGAUUCUAUCCACAAAUACCUGGCCAAAAUCGGUGAAAGAAAUGGACAUCUAGAGUACAGAUCUGAGGAAUGA